AUGGACACCCCAAAGCCUCAUGGACCGGUGGAAUUGGCAAGUCUUCGGACAACUGUUGAUAUUCAGACCCUACCACCGGUGACCACUGCCACUCCACUCAUCCCGUCAGCCAGCACGCCUUCGACCAGAUACUCGGAGUCUCCUGGCGUGUGGAGUCGCGGUUCGACACCCACUUCACUCUCGUCUUAUUCACCCGGAAUUGUGCAUCCGACAAAGAUCGGGCGACUGAGACAGCCCUGCCCGUCGCAGACAAGACUGUCCGUCUUCUCACCACCAGCCACGACGGCAAGUCCGCAGACCGCCAGCGUCGAACAUGCCGAAUCCAACUCGAGAAAGACCCCACCCCAUCGGCCCACUGGGCUUCCCAAGGGUAAGAGCACGACUACAACUAUUCAAAGACAACCAAGUACCAAAUCUAUUGCAAGCUUGAAUGGCCCGCCUCAUAGCCCCCCGCAAAGAAGGUCAUCGGUCAACUUCAGCCCACCAAAGAGGGCCGAUAUCGAUGUGGAAAAGGCAAGGAAAGAGGUGGAGGAAGCCGAGCGAGAGCUCUUCAACGCUCAUCGACCGAAAGAAAUUGCUUCGGGCGCUGAGGUCAGCGUACCGAAGACUCCCCCUCGACCGAGCAGAGAAGGAACCCACCGUUUGGAUCUGGAGGCAUCACCCGUGAUCAAAAGCAAUCUACCAUACCUAAGAUCGACAGGGCAUACGCGCCGUGAGUCUGCAGAGAAGAUACGUCUACAGGGCCAGCAAAAUACUACUCCUCUCCCAAGUCAACCUGCAGCUGCGUCGACGGAUCCUUUGCCCUCUAAAGAUUUGUCCCGAAUUCCGUCGCGAGAGGCAGGUCCUCCUGUCAUGGCUCGGAAAGCGCUUCGAACAUUGACAAAAGAGCCACCUGCGGAAAUGACAGACCCAAGGAAGACCACAUCUUCUUCAAAAAGAUUUGGUCUUUUCUCCAAGAAGUCGAAGCCGGCCAUGGAGGAGUCGGCGGCCGAACAAACUCGCUCCACACGCAAAGGACCAACUGCAGGAACUGGACACGAGGGUUAUGGGAAGUACUCGCAUCGUGGUCGGAAAGCGAGCGCUAGUAGCAGCACCGGCACAAGGACGAGAUCGUCUAGCACCACUAGAAGUGCGUCGCGCUCGGUUGCGAGCAGCAAGGGAAGCAUGUCUAGCCGCCCGGAUCUGGAGCUCGACGACUUCUUUUCUAGUCGGCUUGAGCCUGUCAUCAUUACAGGAGGUGGCAGGGAGGGUUCUACGCUCUCGCGAACUGAGAGCGAGCAGAGUAUCAGCAGUAUGAGUGUGGCAUCUUCGAACCUACCUCGUCCGACGCCGCUUACAUCCUCCACUGCGCAAUCGACUGAGUCGCUGGCUACAUCCACGAGUACAUCUGGAGAGACGUACACCCCGACUAAGAAAGGCGCGAGCGAGCCGACUGACAGCAAGAGCCCAGAAAAACGUCUUCUAGCCACAGCUUCUACCCAUGGUCAGCCUCAGAAGUCACGGAUGCCCGUCCCCACGGGUAGAAAGCAAGUGGUAUAUGCCAAUCUCGACGCCGCAGUGAGUCGCACGUCUCUUUCGAGCCAAGGAACCUCUUCGACCAUUCCGCAGAAGUCAAAUGGUAUCCCGAACCAGUCGAUCCAAGUUAAAGAGCCUCCAAAGCCCGAGGAGACACAAGUGAAGAAGUCCAAGUCCUCUCGAUGGAACCCAUUCCAAAAGAAUCGCGGCAAUGAGCCGAAGGGCCCCGCUCCGACAGCACCAGCACUUCCAUCCCACGCAGCUCAACUGCAUGCGGCUAUUUCUCCUGUUGCAAGCAGUCGGCAAGUUGCUCACUACGCAUUUGUUGAUGAGGAUUCUGAUGAGCUUGAUCGAAUCAUCAGCAACAUCCAAGACUCCCCGCCAACCGAAGAAGAGGUGGCAGCCGCUCCCGUGCCAGUUCCUGCAGGGUUGAAUAUCCAAAAGCGACAGCCGUCGAUCCUGCUGCCUUCUCCACCCAAGAUGCAUGGCGAGUUUGAUAAUGAGCAUCCGUCGCCGAAGACUGCCUUGUUUAACCGCAACAUCAUGGGACCAGAACCUGAGAACAGCCCCGAAGAUCGCCGUCCAAGACGACUUGCCUCCGUGGGCCGCAUUCCAAAGGUAGUUUCGAGACGUGACCGAGAACAUAAACCAGUCUUGCAGUCUUUCUCUCGCCCCUUCAGCGUUGCCGAGUCGCCUUCCCUUCCGGCGCCAACAUUGGAGAAUGUUAGCCGAUCUCCUGAUUUCAAUGGAUCACCAUCGACUUCUCGGGGGUAUAUCCCAACAAGUGUACCGUUUGAGUGGAACCAUAGAUUCAACCCAGCCUUCAGUGCCCCCGAGCAGAUCAGCGCUUUGGACUUUUUGGCAGGACCUUACUCGGCCGAUGACUUCCUUCAUUUCUCACCUCCACACAAGGACUCGGUGUCAUCAAGCAGCUCUGGCGCCCUUGCUGCUGUCACUGCUGUUGUUCCCAAGCACAAUGCCGCCCCAACCGAAGAUGAAGUGUGGAAUGAGUAUGAUGACCUGAUCGAUCAUCUCUCUCCCGAAGAGCCGAAGCCUGAUCAAUCUAGCAACCCGACUACAGAAGAUGGAAGAUUCCAAAAUGCAACCAUGGCUAGCAGGGCGCUCCAAGAUGGACUGAACAACAGCCCAAGAUCGCUUCAACCGCCACCAUUGCCAACAGGACACGAUUCGAACCGUGACAGCGGUGAUUCUGUCCGCCUUCGCCGCUCCAGAAUUGUUUCCGCUUUGCACUCCUCGAUUGCUCCCUCGACUCAGCCGUCCUAUAGCGAUCUUAUUGCAAGCUAUGGAGACGAAGAGCAUCCUAGCAGCCCCGUCAACACCAGCCAGGACUUCUCUGAUCAAGUUCAACAGCAGCAAUCGACAUUCCUGCACUCGCUCGCGGCGGUGCCGCCCUCAAAGCCAAAGUCAGAUGGACGGAAGCCGAUUCCUGGAUCAUCAGAGCGAGACUGGGAUGCUGUGACUCGUACCAACAUGCGAUCUGCUUCCUUGAUGACUAGCCGCUGGCUGUCGUUUGGACGUGUUCUUUUCAGCCCAGCACACAACCAUGUCAAGUCCGGAACUCACGGCAGGAUUCUCGUCAUUGAUGGUCUGGGGAACGACGACUGGUCAUUUUACUGCUCCUUGACCUACCCCGAUGCAGAAGUAUACAGUCUGAGUGGUCGACCUGUCUCGACAGCCAUGCCUCAUCCUGCCGCAUGGCAACCCCCGACGAACCACCACACAGUCUAUCACGCCGGACUACAGAACCCCUUGCCAUUCCCAAAGGACUACUUUGCCGUGGCUGUGUUGAGAUUCCCCGCAGCAACUUCUGAAGCAGUCCAGAACAACAUUGUCCAAGAAUGCAGACGAGUUCUGCGGUCAGGUGGCUAUCUCGAAAUGAGCCUGCUGGACCGAGACAUGGUAAACAUGGGAAUCCGGACUCGCAAAGCCGUGCGACGGCUGAAGGAAAUGACCUGCAUGGCCAACUCCACAAUCAACUUGAGUCCAACCAGCGAUAGCAUCCAGCGCUUAAUCGGCACCCAAGGAUUUGACAAUCUCCGCCGCUGCAUGGUCCGCAUUCCCGUGGCAGGAAUGGUCGUCCGAUCUUCUGACUCGACAACAUCCUCCUCAAACCGAUCUUUCUCUGCAUCCGCCACCACCCAAUCGACCGGCUUCUCACUACCCUCCAUCUCUGCCUCAACCACGACAGGAAGCCGAACCGCAUCCAAGUCAUCACCCUCAGAGGACAACAUUUCCCUCGGAGACCUCCUCUCCGACCCUUCUCCCUCUGCCGCGAACGACGAGUCCAUUGCCAAAAUUGUGGCUCGUGUCGGUCGCUGGUGGUAUACCAAGUGCUAUGAAGACCCAGUUCUUCCCGACACCGGCGACAAUGGUCCCAGCAUGUGGAAUGACCGCAAGACGCUACGCGAAUGCCAGAAACUAGGCACGGGAUUCCGCAUGUUGAUUGCGUACACGCAAAAGCCGAGCGAGGUGAAGCGACGCACAGCGAGUGUUUAA